CAGAACACAAAAUACGUCGUCUGCGCUUAUUAGCGCAGAAUGCUUAGUCUGCUCUAGUAGCGCGGAAUACAGCGAAAUUCCUUGUAGUACAAGUAGAGAUCUAUAUAUUGUAAAUUACCAGUGAAAUUUCCGUAUUACUUACCACGUGUUUCAUGUAAGAGCUGGUAAAAGCCGAAAGUUUAAAAAUGGCGCUCGUUCUUCGUGUCAGUACAAACUAUUGUCCUUUGUUAAGUACUCUUUAUUGCAAGUUUACAGUAAACAUUACGAGAUUUAAAUCGAACAAGCUUUCAUCCUAUCACUUGAAAAAUAAUAAUGAUACAAUAUUAAUAAGGAAAGAAUACGCUAAUAUAAGGACAUGUAAUGAGACAAUUGCUUUUAGACAAACACAAGCACAUAAAAGUAUUCUAGUGCAAUUAAAGUCGAUCGAUGAUGUCAGUCACCUCAAGAAUUAUUGUAAAGAAUUUGGAAACAUUUCAAGUAUAUAUCAUUAUUCCACAUUAGCAGAUGAUCCAAAUUUUGUGUUAAUAGAAUUUGAAUCGGUUUGUUCCGUAGAAGAGAUAAAACGUACAUCUGAAUGUAGAAACUCUUCUGAACAUAUUUAUAUGGAUACAAGAGUAUUGUGGUUUCAACGUAAAAGAAAUAAAAAUUCACAAAGUCAUUUGUCUAUGCUUCAAGAAUCCAGUGGAUUUCCAUUGCAUAGCAUGAGUAUUCCCACCACCAAAAUGAUACAGAAAAGACUACAUCCGAUAAGAAACGUGUCAGAACAAAUGGUUGAACUUUACAAUAUAUUAAGGUUUACAGACAUUGACGUAAGAUUGAGGUUUUAUACUGCCGAUCAGUUACAAUCUUGCAUUUCCAAAUUAUUUCCAACCAUUUCAAUCAUACCAUUUGGAUCUAGCAUAAGUGGUUUUGGACACACAGGCUGCGAUCUCGACUUGGUGUGUAGAAAUAUACACAAAAAUGCACGUAUAAACGAUUCUUUGAACAAAUUAGUAUUUCACGCAAAAUAUUACUCUAUGAACGAGAAAUCACAUCAACAGAAACUCUUAUCGAUAGUAGCUGACAUAAUUCAGAAUUUUAUUCCUGGUAUUUAUAAUAUAGAAAGAAUUCUUGGAGCUCGUGUUCCCAUAAUUAAGUUUGUAAAUAAGUAUACAACUAUGCGAUGUGAUCUUAGUAACACCAAUAUUGUUGCAUCACACAUGACUGAAGUGUUAUUUUACUAUGGAGAAAUGGAUUGGCGUGUUAAGCCACUUGUUUGUACUAUCCGUAAAUGGGCAAGAUCUGUUAGAAUAACAAACGAAAUACCGGGUGUCUGGUUAACAAACUUCUCUCUUACUCUUUUGGUAAUAUUUUAUUUGCAGUAUAAAAACGUAUUGCCUACUAUAAAUAAACUAGUAGCAAGUGUAGGAAAUCAAAAAUUUAAAGUGAUACACCCACAAAAUUUAGAUUUAAACAGAAAUAAGACUACAGAAGCAGAAUCUUUGUAUUCUCUUUUGUAUGGUUUUUUCGAAUUUUACGUCACCUUCCAAUUUUCUACUCACGGAAUGUGCCUCCGAGAAGGUAGAUAUAAAUUGAAAGCGGAUAAUUCGGCUGUUUAUAUUUUCAAUCCAUUCGAACCAUCAUUAAAUGUUAGUAGAAACGUUAAUAUGAAUGAACUGCAUCAUAUGAUUAAAGAAUUUCGAACUGCAUUGCUUCGAUUGGAAAAUGAGGAGAAUGGACUCGAGGAUUUAUUUAAUUUGCCCAAAGCGAGUGUUCUUAAAAGUGUUAUUCAGAAUAUCGAUGUUAAACGAGAUAGCAGUAAAACCAAUACAGAAAAGCAGUUUGAAUCUACCAACGAGGAAUUGUUGACAAAUGAAACCAACAUAGGUGAUGCUAAUAAAUUGAAAGGCAUAAUAAAAUAAUAAUAAAUACCAACAGUGUAUUAUUGUAGUAUAGUUUGUACAAAUGACUUUUUCUCUCAUUUUCUACGAUUUGUCUGACAUGUAAAAACAAACAAUUUUCUUCCUUAUACAUUUCAUAUAAAGUAAAUUUUGUCUUGCAAU